GUGAACCAACCAACCUACCAACCAAAAACCUAAUCGUGCUCUAUAUCGUGCUCUUUUAUCUUCUCGACACAUAUACAUCAACUCGAACAAGAAACAUGAAGAGAGACCGGUCCGAUUACGAAGAAUCCAUGCAGCAUAUAGACAUUGUAAGAAGUCUAAUGAUGUUAUCCCAGAGUUUCGUUGUCAAACAAAUCGAUGUAAAGCAAUCUACCGGAAGCAAAAACAAUCACAACAACCACUUCGAAUGCAAAACGUGUAACCGGAUAUUUGAUUCGUUCCAAGCUCUCGGAGGCCAUAGAGCUAGCCACAAGAAACCUAAGCUGAGCGUUGACCACGAACAGGUGAAGCAUCGUAAAAGUGAGAAUGAUAUGCAUAAGUGUUCAAUCUGCGAUCAAAUAUUUGGUACCGGCCAAGCUCUAGGUGGUCACAUGAGAAAACAUAGGGCGAUCAUGCUGACCGAACAAUCGGCUAUCCCUUCCGUUGGUUUUCCCAGACCGGUUAUGAAUCGAUGCAAUAGCAGUAAGAAGAUCUUGGACUUGAAUCUAACUCCACUGGAGAAUGAUCUUGUGACUAUCUUUGGGAAAAAUAUGGCUCCACAAAUUGAUUUGAAGUUUGUGAAUUAGUAGUAGGGCUUUUUAUUUACUUAUCUUUGUAGCUUUUUUUUUUCUCUUGCUAAACAUUUUUUCAUUCUUUCUGUAAUAUGUCAUGUAUGUAUUACACAAUUUGUUUGAAUAAAUCGUUUCAAUUCU